UACAAAACAAGCGCGUGUUUAGCACGCGUUUUGAUCAAGACGUGGCCUUGAUGAGUUUCAAGGAGUGAAAACAGAGCCACUAGUCGCUUCAGGUGACGAUACUUCAGUCCCUGGGACAUUGGGAGUCCAUUUCUGAUCACAAAUCUUCAGAAUCGGGAACCCAAGUUCUAAAAUUAAUAAAUGGACGCAGCAGCUUCUUAUUCCUAUGGCGGCCCUGCAAUUCGCCUUCCCCCAUUCUCAUCGUCCAAAUGCGUCGGGCUCCAGAAGAUUUCCUUUUACUCUGCAUCUUCGAAAGGUGAUGGGUCUUUCGCAUUUGCUUCUCCAAAAGUUCUGGGCUCAGGCAAUAGAAUAAGCAGCAGCAGGAUCAGCAAGAAACAUGAGAGGAAAGCAACCAUUUCGUCACGAGAAAAGGAGAUUAUAGCCCUUUUCAGACGGAUAAGGAUUGCAAUCUCUUCAACAGAAUCCAAUGGAAGCGCCGAGGACGCCACAUCGCAGAAGAAAAGUGCAACAAUCAAUUCCGUUUCAGUUUGUCUAACAUCUGCAGGGAAGGCUAAGAACAAGGAGAAAGUGAAGCAGGGGGAAACAAGGCGGAAGCAAGGAAUGCUGGAGAAGCAGGUUUCACAAAGCACUGUGCAAGGGGGAAUAGCAGAGUUCAAGAAUCGACCACCAACUAACUUCAUGAGAAGGUCGCCAAUACCAUCUACGUCGGCUCCCAGGGUAAUGGAUAAUGAGCUCGAUGAUGGAAACUCAGCAACACAAGAAGGUGACAAGUUGGAAAACCAAAAACUAGAGCAAAUGAAGCUGGCUCAGCUGAAGGAACUGGCCAAGUCAAGGGGAGUGAAAGGGUACUCCAAGUUGAAGAAAAGAGAGCUUGUUGAAUUCCUGAAAUACAGCAACUGUUAA